AUGCAGCGCAUCAGCUCCGACGGAUCGUCGGUACUUACCCACCAGACUUCGAGGACAUCGAUACGCGCACCACAGUUCACCCUAGAGAAGUUCACCAGCAAAGACUUUCUAGUCAAGGACUUCAUCGAGGAUCUCUCCCAAAUCGCCGUACCUGCGACACGAAGGUCUGGAGGCGCCGCUAGUCAGCAGACAUUUGACCCGAAACCGCUUAUCCGCACUUUCGAACAUGCCCUCACACGACUCAACAGUCUAUCCGAAGACCUGGAGGAGAAGGAGUCUGAGCUUUCAACAGCUGUGCGCCGUGCAGAGCUACAACACAACCAGAAUGUUGAAUCGCUAGGGAGGAGGCUGGAGGCGGCUAUGGACAGGUUCCAAAGGCUAGACAGUUCGCUGAAUGGCAAUGACGAGGGAGGCUCAGACACAGGGGGCAACGUUGCGAUGCGCAUUGGAGAGCGACUCGAAGAGCUCGAUCGCCAACGGAAAAGAGCCCUAGACGCAAAGUUCCUGAUUGAAUGCUGGCAGGAGGUCAGCGAACGGGGCGAACUCAUGAUCCUCGAGGACCAACGAAAGAACGGCGACAUAGUGCGAUGCGCCGAGAUUGCACGCCAGCUGCUGCGCAUCAGCACGCGUCUCGACCCAGAGGGCAGCCAGCGAGUCAACGGAGACGUACCGAACGGUAUGAAGAGGAGAACUGUACAUCAGUCAAGACACAACACGAAGGAGGUCAUCGAGAAAUUCUUGGAGAAUCUUGAGCAGGAUCUCCUCAGCAAGUUCCAGGAAUGUUAUGCACGUCCAAACUAUGCUGGCAUGCGCGACUGUGCCAUUGCGCUGAAGGGCUUCAAUGACGGAGCUAGUGUCAUCGGAACCUAUGUCAACCAGCAUUCUUUCUUCAUCGACCGCAUGCAGUUGAACGGAGAAGAGCUGGCGACGGAUGUAGAAACUUGGGAUCGCCUUCAGGAUCCUGAUGCGGAACCACCAGGUGUAGAGCCCACACUGCAGUCUCUCAUCGACGAAGUCAAGAUCGUCGUUCAAGAUGAAUCUGCCAUCAUUAAACGAGCAUUCCCGUACUACGAGGAGGUGCUGAUCAAAUUUCUGGAGCGCAUCUUUCAGCAGUCAAUACAAAGUCGGUUGGAGAUGGUGCUCGACAAAGCAGGAGAGCUGUCAUCACUCGCUUUUCUUCGCUCAUUACAAGCCUCCAGAAGCUACAUCACACAAUUGGUGGAUGACUUGAAAUCACAUGGGUUGACAGAGCAUCCAGAGCCUGCUACAUCGGCCGUCGCUGCUACGCUUGACCAGCAGUUGGAAGAGCUCUUCUCCUCCUACUUUAUCGGAGAGAAAUACAUUGAGCGAGAGAAGAAGAAUUUGGAAGAGUUGUACUCGUCGUUGCUGCUCAAGUUUACCAUUUACCACUCGCGGCGCAGCAAGAUGCCUACUUCCUACUUUGGGUCGCUGGCUCAGCGAGGCAAAGAGUUGGCGGCGUCCGCUCGCGACAAGUAUAUGGAACGACUGGAAAGUACCGAAUUGCCCGCCAGUCAAAAGGCGACGCUUCUCCGUAUUGCUGGCUUGAAGGAAGAUCAGCAGGAGAAGAAGGACAUUGAGGUGACCGAUGAGGAUGGCAAGCUGUCGCUACCAGUCGCCAAGCGUAUGCUCAAGUGGUUGGCAGAAGGUGUCGGGCGUGGGCUCGAGCUUUCGCCUGGUAACGAGACACCCAAGGAUGUGCAGAUACUGCUUAACCUUCUACUACGGCAGAUGGGCGAGAUCUACCUGGAGACAGCACUAGACGCCGCACAGGAUCAUGCCGUUUCGCAAGAGAACUCCAAGACACCCCCUGAUCUCACUCACCUCCCAUCGCUGCAUGCCAUCACUACAAUCCUACAUCUUCUCCAACAAACCACUACAACUAUCCUUCUCCCCCUCUGUACACCCAACCUCACCAUCCACCGCGAAAUCGAGAAGUCCACUAACAACACAACGUCAACUCUCGAGUCAAAAUUGUCCAACAUUCUCAAUCUCACAUUAACAGCGUCGCUGAACUGGGUGAGCAGAUGUUUGUCUCAACAAAAGAAGACCGACUUCAGGCCCAAAGAGGAAGACCUCAUGGUAACAAGCGAGACGCAAGCUUGUCGCGACGUCUCUGCAUUCCUGACCCGCGUCGCCUCCCAAGCCUCUGCUGCCCUCUCUGGUCGCAACCUCUCUUUAUUCCUCGCUGAACUCGCUCGUGGUCUGCGGUCCCUCGUUCUAGCCCACUUGCUCAAGUUCUCCAUCUCACAAGUAGGCGGUCUCAGUGUAUCCAAAGACAUGAACCGCUACGUUGAGCUCGUAAGAGGAUGGCCUACAGGCGAUGAGCUGGAGCCUGGAGCUAUGGAUGUUCUGACGGAUGUCAGUACGUUGUUCAUCAUUGGACCUGAGGCGCUGAGGGACAGGCUCAGGGCCGCGGGUGGGCAAGAUGCGCAAGAGCUAAAGGGGUUCAUUGCCAGGAGGGACGAUGUUGGAACUGUUGGGGUGCAAAGUGUGCUUAGUGGCUUGUAA